AAUACAGUAAUUUUAAUAUGAAGAUGAAGGUCCCACUAUCACAUUACCUGGACAUCAUGGGAUGCAUCUCUGGAGGAUAGCUCUUGACGACAAAGCCAAGCAAUGAUUUCUGUCUCUUCGCCCUCUCUGGACCUUCAGAAUCUUCACUUGGGUUUUUCCAGCAACAAGACUUUGAGGUCCUUGAGAAGAAGAACAGGGACUUGCAUUCCUACUCAGGAAAGGAGCACUUUGCAAUCAAAAAAGAGACAACGGAGAAGUAGUGGAAUAGGAAAAACCACAUCAGUCACGAAAGAUGAAUCUCUCAUUUCCAAAUCUCAUAUGAGUCAGCAGCAUGGGCUCCCUCCAUUGGUUAGUGCAUUGAAAGCUUCAGCUGCACAAAAUGCGGCCAGUUUUCACUUCCCUGGCCAUAAUAGAGGGCAUGCUGCACCAUCUUCAUUAACAAAGCUCAUCGGAUUAAAACCAUUUAUUUAUGAUUUGCCUGAGCUUCCGGAGCUCGACAACCUUUUUUCACCUGAGGGGCCCAUUUUAGAGGCACAAAAGCUAGCUGCUAAAUUGUUUGGAUCACAUGAAACAUGGUUCCUCGUUGGAGGUACGACAUGUGGGAUUCAGGCAGCAAUAAUGGCAACUUGCUCCCCUGGAGAACAUAUAAUUCUUCCUCGCAAUUCCCAUAUAUCGGCCAUAUCCGCAAUGGUAUUAUCUGGAGCAAUACCUAAGUACAUCAUGCCAGAGUAUAAUUGUAAUUGGGACAUUGCUGGUGGGAUCACUCCAUCACAGGUGAACAAAGCUAUUAAGGAAUUGGAGAUGGAAGGUCAGAAACCAGCUGCUGUUUUUGUCAUCUCCCCUACUUACCAUGGCAUAUGCAGCAACUUGACUGAGAUUUCACAGCUUUGUCAUUCUUAUGGAAUUCCUGUGAUUGUUGAUGAGGCUCAUGGAGCACACUUGGGAUUUCAUCCCCAAAUGCCUCAUUCAGCAUUGAAGCAGGGCGCUGAUCUGGUGGUACAAUCCACUCACAAAGUUCUAUGCUCUUUCACACAGUCAUCAAUGUUACACAUGUCAGGAAAUGUUGUGGAUAGGGAGAAAAUUUGUAGGUCCCUUCAAACCCUUCAAAGCACAAGCCCCAGUUAUCUACUUUUAGCAUCAUUAGAUGCUGCUAGAGCUCAACUUAGUGAAAACCCAGAAACAAUUUUCAACAAAGCAAUGAAGUUGGCUACUGAAGCAAAAAUUCUCAUUAAAAAGAUCCCAGGUAUUACUUUGCUUGAGCUACCAAGCUUCACUGAAUUUCCCACCAUUGAUCCUCUGCGCCUCACCAUUGGUUCUUGGCAGCUUGGUUUAUCUGGUUACGAAGCAGAUGAUAUUUUGUAUGGGAAUCAUGGAAUUGUACCUGAGCUUGUUGGAAGCCAAUCUAUUACAUUUGCAUUUAAUCUUGGAACUUGUAAAGAGCAUGUUCAAAGGCUAGUGUCAGGAUUACAGGAGCUAUCAGCAUGUUCCUUACAAAUUGAAACAACAGAAACAAAGGUGAAGGAUAGAGGCCAUGCACCCUUUACUGAUACUAGCAUGAGCUUGAAUCCAAGAGAUGCCUUUUUUGCGAAUAAAAGGAAAGUGGGUAUUAGAGAGAGCCUUGGGAAGGUCUGCGGUGAGCUUAUAUGUCCAUACCCGCCAGGGAUUCCUGUAAUGAUUCCUGGUGAGAUUAUUACAGAGAGGGCUUUGGAUUAUUUGCUGGGUGUUAGAAGGAAGGGUGUUGUUGUUACUGGGGCUUCUGAUCCUCUACUCUCUUCCAUAGUCAUCUGUGAUGUGUAAAAAAAAAAAAAAAUGGAGAAGAAGAAAAGAUAAUUGCAGUUUGGGUCUGCUCUCUUCCACUGGCAUCUUUGAUGGGUGAAAAGAAAAAAAAACAGAUAACUGCAUUUUGGGGCAUCUGAUCCUCUACUCUCUUCCAACAUUUGCGACGAGUGAAAGACAAAAUACAAAAAAGCACAGAUGGGUACAGUUCUUGAUUUAACUCAGUUCAAAACAAAUUGGUAGGAAUUUAGGAAAUGGAAUGGUAGUGGAAGAGGCGAAUGCACUAAAUAUCAAUGCAUGGAGUUAAGGGUUUGUUUUUUUAUUUUUUCACCAAAUUUAAUUAAGGAAAAAGCAUAAAAUGUUCGAUUUUUUAAUCGGAGUCAUGUAGUUUGAUUUGGUAUAAGCAAAUAAGCAUAUGGAUA